AUGAUACAGCUCCCAGCAAAUCAGAAUUCACUGUCUGCCACCCAGGAAGAAUCCAUGAAGAAGAGGAAGAUGGAUGAUUACAUCCUUCAUCCAGAAGAGCGGGCCGCGUUCUUCACACUCUUUGAAGACGAGAACAUCCAGUUAUUUCUUAUCAGCGACAGCUGCUUGAAGAUCUCGGACAAGUAUCUCCUGGCCAUGGUCCUCACCUACUUCAGAAGAGCAGGACUGCCUACUGAAGAAUAUAGAAAAUAUUUCUUUCCAUCUCUAUUUUUGGCCAACCAAUUUGAAGAGGACGAGCCAUUUCGAGAGGAGAUCUACCCCUGGGCCUUCGGAUGGACGUGGACCAUACAGCGGGAGCAGCUUCACCAACUGCGUAACCUAUUGUUCAUCCGGAUGGGAUUCAGAGCUUGGGUGGACCGGGCCACCUGUGAUCUGAUCAUGGCACAAGACCCUGGACAUUGGGCAUGGAAGAGAGAGAGGAAAGUCCAUCACAGCUGGGCCAUACGCGAAUUCAGGAGGAAAGAUACAGAAUUCUCCAUCAAAGGCCCAUGGAUCAGCCCUGAACCCUGCUCUCUUUGUAACCGCAUUGCCCAUUGA